GCUCGGCGGCAUCUUCGUUUCAGAGGUUUUGCGUGUGAGCGCGGCGAAGGAGGAAAAGCACACACACACAGGUUACGCGCAAGCGACUGGUAGCAAGCGGAGUUUCAGGUACUUGUGUAUCUGGUCGCUAUCUGCGUGGCCAGUACGACCACGCCGCCCGAAAAAUCGCGGGCUAGAGUUUUUGGACAGGCGGGAGUAUGCCUUGAGGAUUUGGAGGACCUGUCCAAAGGAGGUAUUGCACGUGCGCAGCACGAGUGAUUGACACGUGGGCGCCGGUAUAGAGGUGGAGAAUUGUGUGAUUGGUAGAUUGAUUAGAGGGGCUGACAAGGAAGUAGAGGCAGGUAUAGCAAGAAGGGGGAGGCAAGAAGCAGAACAGCAGGUCUUCGGGAAAAGUCGAAAUGGCAAGCGCGCAAGGUGAAAUGGUUAUUGAUCUAAAUCAUCUCAGCUGCGAUCAGCUUAGGCAAGCAAAGGAUCAGUUGGACCAGGAAUUAAAUGUUUUGAACGAUUCUUUGGCGCAGAUCAGGAGCAUAAUCUCUCAAUUCGAGGGAGCUGGGAAGGCGCUGGAAAAACUCGCACAGCAAACGGAAGGGAAGCCUGUGCUUGUUCCUUUGGCCAGCUCCCUAUACGUUCCCGGCUCGCUCACCAAUGUCGGGAAGGUACUUGUGGAUGUCGGUACCGGCUACUACAUCGAGAAAAGUGUUGAUGAUGGAGUGAAUUACUGCCAGCGGAAGGCGGCUUUUAUGAAACAAAACCAUGACAAGGUGGUUGAUGUGAUUGGGAAAAAGCAAAGUGCGGUGGAACAAGUGGCACUGACUUUUCAGGCGAAAUUGGCUGCGUCAGCAAGGGAAACAACGCAACGGAAGGCCAUCACAAUGUUCGGAGCAUCGUCGAACCCCUUCGGGGGACAGUCUUCGUCAAGCCCUUUGGGCAUAUCUAGCUCAUCCAGUGCGUUUGCCACAAGCACUGCAGCAAAUCCUUUUGCACAGGCUGCAAAUCCUUUUGCCGCAAAACCAUUUGGUCCUACCUCUGGUCAAACCUCUGGUCAAUCAACAUUAUUUGGGGGAACGUCGACUGGUGUGUUUGGUGCCGCUUCACAGCCGGCAUUCGGGGCAACGACGCCAGCUUUUGGCUCAUCUAUGCCGGCUUUUGGUUACUCUACGCCUGCUGUUGGUUCCUCUACGCCAACCUUUGGUUCCUCUACGCCAGCCUUUGGUUCCUCUACGCCAGCCUUUGGUUCCUCUACACCAGCUUUUGGUUCCUCUAUGCCAGCUUUCGGUUCUUCUGCACCAGCUUUUGGGUCCUCUGCACCAGCUUUGACGUCAUCUACGCCUGCUUUCGGGCCGUCUACACCUGCUUUUGGGUCGUCUAUGCCGGCUUUUGGUUCGUCUACGCCUGCUUUUGGGUCAUCUAUGCCGGCUUUUGGUUCCACUCCUGCAUCACCUUAUGGCACAGCGAAUGCAUUCGGUCAACAGAAGCCUGGAACGCUGUUUGGUGGGCUAGGGGCAUCAACAGGCCAACCUAACCAGUUUGGGAGCACGACUUUUGGCCAGACUCAGGCCAGCCAACCGGCCUUUGGCACGACUGCGACACCAGCGUUUGGUACGUCCGGUCCUGCAUUCGGGGCAGCGACAGCACCUGCGUUUGGUUCAUCCUCAACCCCUUUAUUUGGAGCAACGACCACAGCAGCAUUUGGGGUAGGGACUUCUUCUACACCAGCGUUCGGUGCUGGGCAGACAUCUGCCAGCACUUCUGCUUUUGGUGCCACAGCAUUCGGAACAGCUGGGGGAUUUGGGCAACAGCAACAGAGAGGCAGUCGAACGAUACCCUAUCAGGCCACCAAUGAUCCCGACUCACCUGCAGGGCAGCCUGGAAAGUUCAUGUCGAUUUCCGCAAUGCCAGCCUACAAGAACAAGAGCGACGAGGAGCUAAGGUGGGAGGACUACCAGCAGAACGACAAAGGUGGGCCUGCACCACCUGGGCAGGCCGCACGCCCAACAAGUUCAAUCCUUGGAACACCCGCACAGUCCAAUCCAUUUGGCAGUGUGACAAAUAUUGGGAGCACCAUGCCUAAUCCAACCCCCUUCGGUACGGCACCUUCUUCAAAUCCAUCCACCCUGGCUUUCGGAUCAUCAACAACCCCGGUGUUGGGUGCGACCUCUUCAUCAGCCUUCGGGUCUACCUCAUCUGCAUCGCUUUUUGGUUCCAACAUCUCCGGAUUUGGUACAGGGGGACAGCAAUCAAGCCCAGCAUUUGCAUUGCAGCCAGUCUUUCAUUCUGCACCAGCAAGCACCCUGGGGUUCAGCACAACGAAUCUGUUCGGUGCAACUAGUGGCAGCGCUCUUGGAUCGAACAUGUUCGGACCCACGAACAGUUGCUUUGGGACCUCAGGUGGAGUGUCUGGUCCAGCUGCUUCCUCCACGCCUCUCUUUGGAAGGCCCCUCUUUCCAGCCGCAUCUCCAUCCUUUGCGACAUCCUCAACCCCUGCCAGCACAAAUAUUUUUGCCAACACAUCCCCUGUUUUCAGCUUUAAUCAAACAACAGGUUCCUCUGGAUUGAUCAUGCCAACACCAUCUUCUUCCCCCUCGCUGCCUGGUGGGUUCUCGUCCCAAGCCACGAACGCAAGCUUCAGCUUUAAUACUCAGCCACAGGCAACAGCGGGGUUCUUGGGAAGCACAACACAGCUGCUGUUUCAGCAACCUGCACAGCAGCUCCAGCAGUCUCAGCAAGCAGGGAUGCUAGGCCAGCAAAUGGGUGCCGUUCUUCCCCCAGUGGCAAGUCCGUUUGGCUACAUGCCAGCAUUGCCGCAAGUGAAUUUGGGAAAGUCACGGAUCACGACACCCACCAGCGGCCAUGCUGGCAUUGCCAGCAUGCCAGUGCUGGAGAAACCAACACAGUCACAUGGAACAUCUCUGCUUACACCAAGGCACAUUACUCCACGCUCAAGAGUGAGAAUGCAUGCGCGGAGGUACCAGCCCCAGAGCGGCAGCCCAAGGGUGUCUUUCCUAGGUGAUGGAGACGACAUACCCAGCCCACCACGUGCCGACAUGCAGUUUGUCCCCAGAGAAAAUCCUCGAGCAUUGUUCAUUCGACAACCAGAUCAGUCGACAUCUCUUGGAACACCAUCAAGAAUGGCGGGUUUGAGAAGCCGGGCUGUUGCCACACCAGCAGCGAAUGACGUAUCCAACUUGGCCCUAGUUGAGUAUGAUGCAGAGGAAGCGCACACGAGGGCUGGGGUACCCUGUGCGAAUGGCCUGGGACACACACAGGUUGAUUUGCAAUCCUGUGGUCAAGGCGUUAUUGGUGAGAAGGGAGGGGAUGGAACAAGCGCAGUCCCAAAGCAUGGUCUAGGGGCAAAUGAUGAGAUUAAUGGAAAUGGCUAUGCUCCUCUUUUUGGUGGUGGGCGAGGGGAGGCCGCAAGCAGUUCUCGCGGUGACUCUGGGAUAGAUAUCGAGGCAUUGUUGCCAAAACUUCGAGAUCCAGAGUACUACACAGAGCCGAAGGCUCAGGAACUGGCGGCAAAGGAGCGUGCCAAUCCCGGCUACAUGUCUUGCGUGAAGGACUUCGUCGUUGGUCGCAGGGGUUAUGGGUCUUUAAAGUUCUUGGGCGAGACAGAUGUUAGGGGACUGGACCUGGAGGGCAUCGUGCAGUUGAAUAACUGUGAGGUGUUGGUGUACAUGGACGAAAGCCAGAAGCCUGCUGUCGGCAAGGGGCUGAACAAACCUGCUGAGGUUACACUUCUGAAUGUCAAAUGCAUUGACAAGAAGAGUGGACAGGUGCUGCAGGGGCCUGACGUGGAGAAGUUUGAAAGGAAGCUGAAAAGGAAGACUGAGCAGCAAGGUGCUGAGUUUGUGAAGUAUGAUGCCUCUAAAGGGGAAUGGGUAUUCCGAGUGGAACAUUUCAGUCGGUAUGGAUUGGGAAGCUCUUCCAAUGUGGAUGAUGUGGAUGCAGGAUUAUCAUCCAUGUGAAGAGCAGCGUGACAGGAUGCAUGAGAGGGGAUUCUUUGAUCAUGUACUGGAUACGUUGGAGGAUGAAGAAAACGAUUUGAUGACCAGUUGACCAGUGAUGUGCAUGCAUCUGACGACUAUGGAGAAUGGGAAGUGCAGGUGUGAGUUGUCGUUCUUUGUGGAAAGGGCAAAAGGUUGUGGUCGGUGAAAUGGGAAGCUGAAUCUUUUCCUAUAAGAUUCAGGAGACACAUUCAUUGGAAGCCCUGACUGGAGUCGGCGAGCUCAAGAUGUUCCCAAAUAGGAAGCUUCAAGUAUAGUUUCGUCCACCUAUGUAUCGGUCGAGGUAGCCAUUUUGCUAUUGCGGCCACAUUUUGGAGGUUUUUACCAUGAGCUGCUGACCAUAACUGCGCCGAGUUUCAUUCGGCUGAGAGGGUGAGCUUGUCGUGUGGGGAUAUGGCGAACAGGGAAAUUCCACGAUUGGUCCAUGAUGUAUGUUGACUAAGUUGAAAGGUGAUAUGGUCUGGCAUUUGGAGAAUGCAAUUCACUACAAGAUGACCUGGGAUUUAGGGAGUUACAGGAGGGCGCAUGUGCUUGCCAGACCGUCAUGACCAUCUGGGUGGUCCACUUAUUCGGUUGGAGGAGAGGGCACAUGGAGAGGGAUGCUCCCACGGCUUACUCCUGCACAGAAGUGCAGAACGUGCGGUCUGUAACCAACAUUACGAGUCGCAGAAGUCUGUCAUUUUUUGGCUUCGGUACUGGUGUAAGCUGCAUGCAACCAGAGAGCGUUGUGUUUUGUGUCGAACUCUGUGGUCUUCAACAUACGGAAUGGACAAGGUAGGGUGAGCUAUUUCUGAUAACUGAUGCCAGAGUGAGGUUUCAGUACAUACGAACGGCCCCGAAGUCCUGAAAUAGCCUGCUUGAGUCUGAAAUCCUUCGACCAGCCCUGCCCUGUCAGAGCGUGUGUCUCGGUCUGAAGCCAUGCCAAUAAGUGGUCCGGGUAUCUUCUGUACAAGGAUAUAGUAGCCAUGUACGGUUGCCACGGGUAAAAGGUGGCCGGGAACUUGGGAAUGUGCGUGGGACAGGUGCCGGGGCGGUGUGCAGCGUCCGCUAGUACCUGGCUACUUUUUCUGGUCGUGAAUUUGCAGCACAGCUCUGGACUCGGUUCCUGAAUGCUUGCUUUGAUACUUAGCUCUAGCUCCAGCCCGUAAGGGGCACGGGACACGGAUCUGGGCCCAGCUUAGAAAUUCUCUGAAGCUGGGUGCAAGGCCCAGCUGCUGAAUCCCUUGGGAGUCGGCUGCCUGCCUGGCUUCAAAAUUUCUUUGAACUCGUCUAUAGGCUCACCUUCCCAUGACUUUGGAACCCAACUCUGGUUCCAGCUUUAGAAUCCAUGGCUGGGACUGGCUUCCAGGGAAGUGUGCUUGUGUAUUCUCUGUGUGCAAAAAUGGACUUAUCCAUUUACGGGGAGGGAAGUGCGCUCGUGUAUUCUCUGGAUUUGAAUGGGCAACCACCCAGUUUAUGUUGCUGAGGAGCCUUUUGCGAGAAAGACAUACGCUGGUGGUGGUCCUGCCUCUUACGCGUUGUGGGAACUGGCGUUCAAUGCAACAGUUGGGAAAUGGUUUGAGUUGUCUGUAGCCCGAAGGCGUUUCUUCUGAAAGCUUUUUGGUGCAGCCUGGACAAUCCACUUAUAGAGGUUGCCACACAUUUCUGCGAAGAGGAAAGAUGUCGCUUCCGGGUGUGUCCCGUGUACCUUUGCACGGUUUGCCGCUCCAUCUGCUCAAGGGAUGGGACUCGGUAUCCUGAAAAAGUUGGACCUGGUUUCCUCUUCUUUGAAUGCUUUUUUCAUCAACAGGACUCCGUCGUGGUAUGCUGCAGAGCACAUGGAUCUUGUGCUUAUGUGGUGGUGUCUGGGGGAAAGGUACAGCUCCGGUGCUGGCAAGGCUCAUCGGGCCAUGAAUUGUCUGUGUCAGAGUGUCUGUCUAUAGCCGGCGGCUGCGUUGGUGCGCAUCUGCGUGCUGUCGUCUGCAUUUUCGGGCACCCAGGUGUGCAUUUCUUACCGCUAGAACGGUUGUCGUAGAAAAGUUGAAGGUGUGCGAUCGAUGCACUGAGCGAGAGUUAUCGAUUGCAUUGAGCGAGGGUGAUCGAUGUAUCGAGCGAUGUGGUGUAGGCGGUGGGUGAUCCAUGCAUGCCUUUACCAAUAGGAUUGCUCUUGGUUAGCUGGUUCAGCUUUCAUAUUCAGUGGCAAUGCCAUGUUGUGCGCGUGUUUUAUCGGCGCUUCUUUUGUUUGUGGGGCUCUCUGUGCUACUGGCUGCUAACAUUCGUGUUCUGCGAGCUGUGCAGAUUUCUCUUAUGUUUUGCUACUAGUAGCCUGUGACUAUCUUGAAGGCGCCAGCGCAAGUUUUUUUUUUUGCAGAGAGGUGUUUGCCAAUUGUUCGAUUCUUUGCCGAUCGAUCUUCGAGAAUGGGUAUGUUUCUCUGAUUCACUGGACAUCUUUCCUUUCUAGGGGUGCCUGCAGAUUGUCUGAUUCUUUCCUGUUUGUUUGUGCUCGACUUAAAGCAUAUACUCACGCCAGGGCUUUUUUAUUUUUCACUUAUUUUUGGACGUUAUUGCUGUCAGAUACAUCCAGGUCUGCCAUUAAAUGUGGUCAGAUGCAUUGAAGAUGGUCCUAGUAUUUUGUCAUUCUUUGCCCACUCUUGAGUUUGAAGAGACACCCUUGAUUCUGUUGAUUUUCCUUGCCAGGGUUGCUUGCAGGUUAUCUGAUUCCGCCGCAUUGCAUUUGGCAUCAACUCUGUCGGAGGGUGUCAAACAGAUUUUCUUUCUGGUUAUCCCUGGCUCUCGAUUUGUGCCGCGGAGUGGUGGUAGAUUGUUUCGUAGGAGUAGGUGUGUUAUGUGGGCGCUACGAUUAAGGUAGGAGAUGGUGAGCAGGUGUGAGCUCUUUCGGUAUAGUAGUGAUUACUGCUGAAGCUAUUAGUGAGUCAUGGACGGUGGCUCCCGGUUCAACUUGUGGGAGCUGAUAGAACUGAGAUACAUAUCGCUGAAGGUUUGUACUUGUGUUGGUAGAGAGGGCUUGUGUAUUGUUUUCAGCUGUGCUGGUUAACAGCAAUUGUUGAUUGUUCUCGGCUGUGGAUUGAUUGUCUGUUUCAUGGGAUUGUACUAUUGUUGUAGUCUCUGUUCGUCUGUGGCCUCCUGUGCGUUGAGGAGGAGGGGUUAGUGAAGCAAUUUUGCAGAGUCGAUUAGUCUCUUCGGAGUGCAAACGAGUUUGCGCACUUGCGAUAUCUGUUAUAGACCUUGCUGUGACGGGCUUCGUAUGAAUGAAAUGUGCCUGAUAAGGAGGGAGCUGCACUGUUUGAUCGUCACAGCAUCUGAUAAGGGGGAGCGAGUGGGGUGCCAAAGGAGGGAAUAGGUGUGUAUGUUUCCCUCCCUUAUCGACAUUGAAGGGAAAGUAUAGGGGGAGAGGGUGGGGUGCUAAGGGAGGGAAUGUGUGUGCACAUGUUUCCCUCCACAUUCCCUCCCUUGUCAACAUUCAAGUCAAGUGGGGUGAGCAAGUGGCGUGCCAAGGGAGGGAAUAUGUGGAAAUGUUUGACCCGAGAGCCGAGUCUUUGGUCACCGUAACACUAUUGACGGCAUGGAGGUGUUCUCAUUGGCAUGCUCACAAAGGUAGUAUGUACUAUGUAAGUAUAUAUUUCCAGAAGCUGUGAGCUCACUUCAUCUGAGAACUAGGGUUUGUAUGAACGAGUUCGGUUGUAGAACCAAUCAAGCAUAUGUCGUUUCCUUUUCUUUUCUCCUUAGGUGUUCUAGAGAACAGAAAAUGACAGGAGACAAAUGGAUAAGCAGGGUAUGUUGAUAUGUGUACGUGUCAAUGGGCUGCACUGCUUGCGAACGACAUCUGAAUCACAAUGAGGAUUUUGCGCAAUGCACUGCAGUGCAAAUGACAUCCGAGUCACAAUGACCAUUUUGUUUGCUCAAAAAGAGAAGCAGUGUGCACGAGACAGGAGGAUAAAAAAUAUGCUGUGUGGGUGAUUGUACGGGGGAUUGACAGUCGGGGGAAAGAAAGGGAACAAGCUGAUGCCAUGGCUGAUGUAGCCGAGUGGGCACGGCUGACUUACCUCAGGGAAGAACGAGAGAGCGUGAGGUGGUGGUCAUAGCCGCGCAAUGGAGUGA